ACGCCAGACUUUUCAGGCAGCUUAGCCUAUUGUACCAAUAAGCAGCUUCUACAGUUGCCUCCAGGUCUUUGUAGAAGUCCUCAACGUUUCCUUGGAGGAGCCGUAUCUUUUCUUGUUGCUGUGAGGCAAUUCAUAUUCCUGAGUUACAGAAGGCAAGGAAAAGAAAGCGAGUCCAGCGGCGGCUAAAGGCGACGCCCUGCCCCGUCUCCUCCACAACAUUCCUGUUUCCAUGUCUUCCUGCCGCCAGGUCUAUCGCCGCAAUGCAUUGUGGGGAUGGAAGUUCUCCCGCCCGGAGCUAGCGAAGAUGUCCGAGGUGCGGCUGCCCCCAAUUCGGGGGCUGGAUGAUUUUCUCCUAGGCUCCACUCGCUUGGCUGCCCCCGACGUGCGGGAUCUGCAGCGCUGGCACAAUCGCGUGGUUAACAACCUCUUGUACUACCAGAGCAAUUACCUGCUGCUGCUGGCCGCGGGGCUGCUGCUGGGCGGGUACUUCCAACCUAUGCUGAUUCUGCUAAGCUGCCUACUCCUGUGUCUGCUCUUUGGAGGUUUUGUCUGGGCCGCUGAGAACAACCCUCCCAUGCGACGCUUCCGGCGGAAUUAUCCUGGCCUGUGUUUCUUUGCCAUCCUUGGUGCUGCGUAUUUCCUGGUGUCUCUUUUCGAAGGCUCUGCCACCUUCUUGAUUUUCAUCGCUCUGCCCAUAAUGUUGAGCCUCAUCCAUGCCUCCCUGCGUCUGCGGAACAUUAAAAACAAGAUUGAGAACAAAAUGGAGAACAUUGGACUUAAGCGCACGCCGAUGGGGCUACUCCUGGAAGCUGUGGGCCAAGAACAAGAGGCUGGAUCCUAGACCAUCAGCAUUGGCUUCCCUUUCCUCUGGAACUGCUCUUUUUCCUUCCAGCAGAUGCCUCUGCUGCUUGUUUCUCUGCUUGCCUCCAUCUAGCAACCUGGCCGUUGAGUUCCUGCGGAAGGUACAGUUGCCUCCAGCUUACACCAAACUCAGCAGAACUCCUGGCCUGCCGCUGAGAGGAAAUGGACUGAAAUCAGCCUAACGUUCCAGUUUAAUGUUAAGUAUUCCCCAUCAGAAUCCAUAUUGUUUUGCUUUGGAAAGGAAGGAAUCACAAUGAAAGAAAACUAUAAUUUAAAAGAAAAACUCGACAGUAAAUUAUUGUAAAUAGUAAAAAACUCAAUAGUAAACCAAUAAGUUGCUGGUUGAAAGAAGGACAAAAAUUGAGAUCAGAACCAAAUGAAAUCAGUGUUGUUCUAAUUCAGUUUUCUCCCACAAGGUGUGGUCCAGAUGUGUCGAAACUACACUUUCCAAAUGUUCCAGUUAGCUGGGAAUUUCCUGGAUUGCAGGAGGCUGUUCCAGAGAUGGCUGGAUUAUUAUUUGGGGGGCUUUCAAUGUAUUAUUCAUUAUUUGCAUAAUGCCACUGCUCUAAGGGCUUCAGAAACAGUAUUAGGACAACCCCGUUACUUAGGCCUAUAUCAUUUAGUGGGCUGAGAUUUUGUAGAGCAGAAUGCUUCAGCCUUCCCACCCCCACCCCCACCCCAUAUGUUCAUAGCAGAGCUAAGGUUGAAAUAGGAAAGUUAGGAUGAGUAUUUAUCUUGCUUGCUCUUGAACUGCAUUGCUGCCUCUUAGAGAUUCUGAACUCUUGGUAUUUAGACGGAGGCACCAAGUAAAGCAGCCUGUAUGAGGUUUGGCAGCAAAAGGAUACAAGCCAAUCUGGAGAAGAUUUAGCUAAACCUUUGAAUGAAGGAUGGAGGGUAAUCACUUAUUAAUUUUAAGAGGAUUUUGUUCAUGAAUGCAAAAGGGAAAGCUAACUCUCAAGUGGUGGUAAAGGAGAUUAUUAUGAUGUGCAAAAUACCCACAGAAUGGCAUCAAAUGGUAAUUUGUUUAUUUUAAUACCUAAAUUAGCAUCUGGAGAUUGCAUUUCUGCAGCCCAGAUCUGAUAACCUUAAUAAGAUAUUGCAGACUAUACAUUCCAGUUCAAAGAUGUGGACCUGCCUCCCCCCCCACUUUUGAGUGUAUUUAAGAAGCAAAAGAACUUUUGUUUCUUUCCAAGACCAAAUUACUGUAGAAAACUUCAAACUUUGUCCUGGCUCCUGCGUAGCAAUAAAGUGCAAUUCAAUUUGUUUACUUUUAGAUUAGUUUAAUGUGCACAUUAUGCGUAAAGCAUAAUCCCAGAUCAUAAUCCCAAAUCUGGCUUUACAAUUAUGUGUGAAUGCAGCUAUUUUAUCUCACAACUAUAUUCAGGUCAUUUGGAAUUCAGAUGGUUCUUGUACAAUACUUAAAGAGAAUAGACCCAACCUGAAAUUCUGCACAGUUCUAAGUAGUGUACAAUAUAUACAAAUGAGAUGGUCCAUACUGAUCCUAUUCUUUUGAUCAUGUGGUUUUGAAAACGAUGGGAAGAAGCAAUAAUUAAAGACAUAGUUUUGCUUAAAAAGGACUUUCCAUCCAAGCUUUUAUGAUCAUUUAAGAAGAAUCCUUCUACACUCUCUGGUUUUUUGGUCUCUAGAAGGAAAGGCACGGACCCUAUUAGUUAUGUAGCAGAAUAUAACAACCAUUAACUCCACUUCUGAUCAAACUUUGACUACUUAGCCUGGUUCCUUCAAGUCUUUUCAGUCUUAGUGAUCAGUGGGGCUGGCUGGCUGUUUGGGGAGUUGCCUUUGGAACUGCAUGUGGGCAGCUUCAAUUUGCCUUUGUACUUGGUAGAAUAUGUGUGUCAUACGCCAGAUAUAAUUUUUGUGUCUCAUGACAUCUGCUAGCUAGUUGUUGGGUAUUUUACUUUUCCCAAGCCAGGAACCUUAAUAGCUCACUUCAGCCAUCAAAUCUCAUUAUCUACACCAUCUCCUGAACUUUCAUUUAAUGAUGUAGUGCAGGGGUUGGCAGGUUACUGGCUUUGCAAGUAUUUGGAACAAUUCCCAAGUCCCUUGGCUGAAACUGAAGGGAAAAAAAGCUUUAAAACCUGUGAGGAAUGGGUCGUAAACUGACCCAUACAAGUGUAUAACACAAAGUCUUUCUGAAUUUGCAGAACACAUUUGCUCCAUAAAUUAACCACUUCAUCUGGAUUCAUACAACUCAUUGUGAUAAAAAUGCAGUUGACUAGUGAGUGAAGCCAAUGAUACUUCUCUUGAAGUGAGUUGUCAACUUUGCUCACCCUUUCGGUUCCACUUUAAUAUGGAGGGAGAUUUAGAGUUGUUAAAUCAGAGAGACCUUAUAGCAUGCUCAAACUGGGACUGCUGGAAUCGGGAUGCUCAUGAUAUGGUCAGUAUUUAAGCAGUAUAGGGUAUAAUCAAACCCAACUGGAGGCACCACAUUGGUUAUCCCAGCAGAGGACUUCCUGGUAUAUAGUUUGCAGUUCUUGAUAUAGUCAUUGUUAGAAAUGUUCUGUUUAAUACGUAAGUAUCGUGUAUACUUAUGUAUAAAUAUACAAAUAUAAGUAGACUUCUCUUCCUGCCUACAUAGUUUUGCAGUAGGUAAGAAACUAUGUGGUAUCAUUUUCUACCAAGUUGUCAUGAGGCAUCAUAAAAAAAGCUUUUUCUCUAAGUCAUACCUGGAUGAAUCAGUUAAGAUGUGAGGCAAGCCUCUUGCAACUUUACUGCAGGAUGCAAAACACAUAUGCCCCCAUUUGUAGGUCUGCAUUCUAUACUAGGUGAUUAUGGGAAAGGGGAAAUAAAUUAACAGAUGCUUUAUUCUAAGUGGGAAAUUACAGUUUUGUGUUUUUCUGAAAGAUGUUCUUAUCACGCACAACUCAGUAAAAUUAUGUAACAAAUAUUGACACAUAAUCCCAGUGGUGGGUUAUGAAUGUUCCCUCAUUCUUUAGAGGCUGCAUUCCUCACCUGUAGAGCACGCACGUACAAAUCCGACCACCUAAUUGAAGUUGAAGAAACUAAAGUUAAAUGUGUACAGCUGCCGUUAGAAGGGAUCGUUGUUUUUCAUUUUGGGAUUUCUUCCUGGGUUAGUGAAAGAGAUGCAGGCUUAAAAAGGAAACAUCUGAUAUGGGAAGUGGCUUUCUCUUAGCUUGCUCAGCUCUUGGAGAUGGUGUGAGGGGUUUGCCAGGAAGAAAUCAUGAACCAGGUGGUGAAGAGUGCCCUCCAUUGAACAGUCUAUUGAAGGAUGGGGAAAUGCUGGUUUCACCAAAUGUCUCUGAGGCUUUAAGUUUGUCGAUUACAGUGUUGAAAUGUGGGCUCCCUCUGUUUUUAUAUUUUUAUACGUGCCAAAAUUACUAGGACAUCUUUCCAACUAGCAAUAGAAUUGCAGAAUAGUUUUCGAUUGUAAUCAUGAUAGUUUAGAUUAAGGUUUUCAGAGUGUUUAGCUUUUCAUAGUGUCCUGUCUGUAUGUAAAUGCAGUUUUUUAUUACAGAAGAGUCAACUUUGAAGACUGCUGCUCGUGUGGAAAUCCUCAAAUUUGAUUAAAGGAGCUUUUCAGAAAUGUAGACCGAUCUCAUUGUCCCAAUGUGUACAGUUGAACAUUCAGGGCCAGAUGCAUAGGAAUGAGACAAGGAACAGCAUAAGUUACAUUUUUCUCAGAAGUAAAACAAAUUUAAGUGUACCAUUUUAAACCCUCUGCAUAUGGGAAAUAAAGUCUUGUGAUUUUCAUGA